AUACACUAAGUCUCCUUUCCUCAUCUGACCAGUUGCUUCUCUCGGACAGAACAGCUGAUUGGCUGUUUUGUUUUAUCAUUACUAGGGUUCCAAUCAGAUAUCUGCAACAACAAAAAUGGCUUUGGCUGGUCGUGUCAGAUCCGGGAUCUCCCUCUUCAAGACCAUCGCCGUCUCAGAUUCCGUCUCCUCUGCGAGAUCUUUUCCCAGUGGACGGCCGCUUAUCCCUGCGCUAAGAGAUUAUGCAACAGCUUCAGCUCAGAAAACUGGCAACGUUAAGGUGCCUGUGGCUUUAGUUGGUGAGUCUGGCAACUUUGCUUCGUGGCUGUACAUUGCAGCUGUGAAAAUGAAUUCCUUGGAAAAGAUUGAGUCUGAUCUUUCUGAGCUUGUUGAGGCUAUGAAGACAAGCCCUAUUUUCUCACAGUUUACAAAGGAUCCAUCUGUUCCUAGAGAGACAAGACUGGCUGCUAUUGUGGAUGUUUGUGACAAAGCAAAGUUUGCUGAACCUACCAAGAACUUCCUCUCUUUGUUAGCUGAGAACGGGAAGUUGAAGACCCUAGACGUGAUUGUGAAAAAGUUCAUGCAGCUGACAACAGCACAUAGGGGAGACGUCAAAGUCUUGGUUACCACCGUCAUGCCACUUCCCCCUGCUGAGGAGAAGGAACUCAAGGAGACACUUCAGGAGAUCAUUGGAGAAGGGAAGAAAGUAACUGUGGAACAGAAGAUUGAUCCGAGUAUCUACGGAGGGCUAAUAGUGGAGUUUCAACAAAAGGUGUUGGACAUGUCUAUCAGGACAAGAGCGCAGCAGAUGGAGAGGCUCCUCCGUGAACCUGUUGACCUCAGCAACCUCUGAGUUUCUCCCUAGAAAACAUGUUUGUGAAGGUGCAACCCAGCUGACAAAAUAAACAUAUGACCCUCUCCUUCUGGGAAACAAUACAUUGUCGUUUUUGAAAUUUGCCAUUUGUUGUUUGCUUCGAAAUAAGCUGUUGGAGAUUAUUUACGUUUGAGAGAAUGUAUGCUCAAUUUGGUAAACAUGAUGAGACUAUUUGUUUGGUAAUAUAUUUUACUGUUUUACCCCGAGUAAGUAGGGGUGGACGCAAGGCGCUUGAUACUUGGCUUGCUUUGAACGAGUAAUAAAUUUUUCGACUUGUA